AUGUCUCUCGGUUUACAGCACUGCAACAAGCUCGAGCUGCACAACCGGUUAGACGCCACCAAACCCGGAAGACACGCGUAUAAGGGAUGGGGAAGAUCUCUCUUCAUUUUACUUGAUCAAACUUUACCAAAAUUCGCAAAACUUCGACUCCUGUCAGUCACUUCUGGUCACACAACAGCUCUGAUAAGAAUGGCAGCGUCCGCGAUCUUCAUCCUGGACCUUAAAGGCAAGGUGCUCAUAUGUCGAAACUACAUGGGCAAUGUGGACAUGAGUGAGAUUGACAACUUUAUGCCCAUAAUGAUGAAGAGAGAGGAAGAUGCAGAUAUGUCACCAGUGGUUAUUCACGGCACUACCCACUACCUCUGGAUAAAGCAUAGCAACCUCUACUUGGUUGCAAUAACAAAGAAGAAUACCAAUGCUGCUCUUGUAUACUCCUUCCUGUACAAAUUAGUGGAGGUGUUCAUUGAAUAUUUCAAGUCACUGGAAGAAGAGAGUAUUCGAGACAAUUUUGUGACCGUAUAUGAGCUAAUGGAUGAAGUCAUGGACUUUGGAUUCCCUCAGACCACCGACAGCAAGAUCUUACUAGAGUACAUCACCCAACAGGGGCAUAAACUGGAAGUGGGAGCACCACGGCCCCCAGCUACAGUAACCAAUGCUGUCUCUUGGAGGUCAGAAGGCAUCAAAUACAGGAAGAAUGAAGUCUUCAUGGAUGUAAUUGAGUCUGUCAACCUAUUGGUCAGUGCUACAGGCAGUGUUCUGCGUAGUGAGAUUCUGGGCAGCGUCAAACUCAAAGUCGUUCUGUCAGGUAUGCCUGAGUUAAGGCUCGGACUCAAUGACAAAGUCCUCUUCGAGAUCACAGGCCGGGAGAAGAGCAAGUCUGUGGAGCUGGAAGAUGUGAAAUUUCAUCAGUGUGUGCGGCUCUCUCGCUUUGAGAAUGACCGGACUAUCUCUUUCAUCCCACCUGAUGGAGAAUCUGAACUCAUGUCUUACAGACUCAACACCACGGUGAAGCCUCUAAUAUGGAUUGAGAGCGUAAUAGAGAAGUUCUCUCAUAGUCGAGUAGAGAUCAAGGUUAAGGCACGCAGUCAGUUCAAGAGCCGCUCCACGGCCAACAAUGUGUCCAUCUUAGUUCCUGUUCCUAGUGACGCUGACUCCCCUAAAUUUAAGACCACCACUGGCCAGGCUAAAUGGGUUCCUGAGAAGAGUGCUGUAGAAUGGAACAUUAAGUCCUUCCCUGGCGGGAAAGAAUUCAUGAUGCGAGCUCAUUUUGGACUGCCAAGUGUGGAAAGUGGUGAACUCGAGGCCAAGCCACCAAUCACAGUAAAAUUUGAGAUUCCUUACUUCACAGUGUCAGGCAUUCAGGUGCGAUACUUGAAGAUUAUCGAGAAGAGCGGAUAUCAGGCAUUACCAUGGGUGCGUUAUAUUACUCAGAGUGGAGAUUAUCAACUGAGGACCAACUGAGAGAGGACAGCACCUGUGUAUGUUGUGUGUUCUGUCUGUCCUUUUUCAGACAGCUACUGCUUUUCACACAGCAGUUGGACUACUAUUGCUUUAGUCAGGUUUUACAAAUUAAACAAGGGAGUCAGAUCGCAAAGUUACUGAGAAGCCCCUAUGAAACAAUGGUUUCGGGUUUAAACAAUUUUGGGUUAUAAUCCAAAGGUGGUAUUACAGAAACCUACUAGAAUCUACCUAUAUAUGUUCUAUUUAAAAAGAAAGAUUUUCACCCACAUGUCGUUCCAAACCUUUCUGUAUUUCUUCAUUUUAUUUAAAUGACUGGUAACACUUUACAAUAAGGUUCCAUUUGUUAAUGUAUUAACUAACACGUACAAACAAUGAACAAUACAUUUUUUUACAGUAUUUGUUAAUCUUUCUUAAUGUUAGUUUCUGAAAAUACAGUUGUUCACUGUUAGUUCAUAUUAGUUCACAGUGCAACAACUGAUGUUAACAAGCACAACUUUUGAUUUUAAUACUGCAUUAGUAAAUGUUGGAUUUAACAUUAACUAGGAUUAAUAAAUGCCGUUGAAGUAUUGGUUAUUGUUAGUUCAUGGUAACUAAAGUAGUUAACUAAUUAACCUUAUUGUAAAGUGAUACCAAAUGACUAAUGAAUAAAUGAAUUCAAAAUAUGAACAAAAAAAUAAUAGUAUACCUAAGACUACAUUUAUAUCUACUGUCUUAAAGAGAUUUAAAUAAUAUUGUAAUUAAAUUUUACCUGAUGUAAACACAAUACGUUGAUCAAAUUGGUGCGAUUAAGCUCAUAAUCGUAGCAACCAUAACUGCAGUAAAAUAUGUCUAAACAUGUAAACAUCUAACUACGAUUAUUGGAAAUAAUGACAUUAUUGGUGCAGAUAUAAAUGUCGUCAAUGAUACUAAAAUAACUCAGCUGAUUUGGAAUGACGUAAGGGUGUUAUAAUGUUUUUGUUUUGUUUUUUACACAGAAUUUUCAUUUUUCUUUGAAUUAUCCCUUUAACUUGUCAGAUGUGAACUUAAGCUGCUUAUUUAAAUUUCUGCUGUAGGUGGCGGGACUAUCUCUCAGCGUGAUAUGAUCUUACUGUAUGUCUGUAGAGCUGUAAACACAAGCACAGGCCCAAUGAAAUGAAUACCUUGUGCUCAAAAUCAAUGAUUAAUAAGGCAGUGUACUAUUAGGACACCACUGUAACACUAUAUUUUCACCGGAGCAGCCCGUAUCUUUGUCUUUGGUUUGUGCUCACUCAAAAUACCACAAAUGCCUACACACUUUUAAAAGUACAAUGGAAAGUGGAAAUGUUUAAUGACAUUACCAUGAACCGAUCAGCAAAAAAACUUGUGCAUGUUGAUGCUCUAUUAAUUAUGAUUGCGUUUGUUUCCUUAAUCAGCAGCAGUACAGCAGUCAACACAUCUGAUAACACAUCAUUUUUUGUCUGUAAUUAUAAGUUUUCACGCUGGGAAAAUCCUCAAUUGCAUUGCACCACUUGUUUUAUCAGUGUGACGGCUGGCUGUGUGUGUGUGUGAGUGUGUGUUUGUGUGUGUGGGUCGGUGGGUUGGUGGAAUACUGUCUGCCACCUCUGCAGAGGCAGCAGAAUAUAUUAUUUGUCAUGUCAAAACGGCUUCCUCCCUCAUUUAUUUACCAAAGGUCAAUGGCAUGACAACAUCUGAUAUUUAUUUCACACUGAAUAUGAAAUAUGUAUUUUUGAUCUUUUCUUAUUGACAACUUUUCUGCUCAAUACUAUACUAAAGGUCAUUGUGAGAAAAUAAAUGGAUUUUUGUUUUGGCAA